AGUGCCCAGGGACCUGAGGUCCCCUGCCACGCGGAGUCCCGCUUGCUGGAGCAGAACCAGUCCUGGGACCUGGACCCGAAGCUCCACUAUAGGGUCACCUGCUUUCUCUCCUGGAGCCCCUGCACUGACUGUGCCCAGGACAUGGCUCAGUUCCUGAAGGAGAACAGCCACGUGAGCCUGAGCCUCUUCGCCUCCCGCCUCUAUACCCGCGGACACUAUGACCAGGGCUUGCGCACCCUGAAGAGGGCUGGGGCCAGCAUGGCCAUCAUGACCUCCAGGGAGUUUGAGCACUCCUGGACCGCCUUCGUGCACCACAAGGGAAACCCCUUCCAGCCCUGGCCAGGUCUGGCCAUGGAGAGUCGGAAAUUCUCUGAGAAACUGCAGCGCAUUCUCUGGGGAGCCUGAAGGAUGGACCUCAGUCUGGCUAAAGACCACAGGACAGGGCGCCUGGGUGGCUC